GUUGGCGCGCGUCUUCUGAUGAAAAUCGACACAUACACGCCGCUUUCUCUGAACACGCAUACAAAUCAAACUUUUUGUCGUCUUCUUCUUCUGUUAAAUAUCUCAGUUUCGUUUUUAAGUUUUUCUUUCUUCUUCAAUGGCCGCAAACACAUAACCCUUCUCUUCAUUUCCUCCUUACCCAUGAUCUCUAAGCCAGUCCCAACAUAUCACGAAGAUUCAAUUCCCACCCACUUCGCCCUCCAAGCCGCCCAUGGUGAGGGACCGAAAAUAUCCCCAACGCCGGGGCCUAAUUGUUGGCAACUACUGCCACGAUGUUCUUCUCCGAGACGACGUCGUAGUGGCUGAGACUCUCGGCGGCGCCGUUUCCUUCAUUUCCGCCGUGUUCGACGGAGUGUUGGUUCGGCACAAUUCGAUAUCGAAGGUCGGUCGGGACUUUGCUUAUUCUACCCAUCACGAACCGAUUGUAGUGCCCGGUUCGAAGACCACUUUGUUCCAUGCACACUUCGGUUCGGAAAUCGAUGGGGAUGGGCACCAAGAUCGGGUUUUGAAAAGAGUCCGCGCUUGCGACCCGAUUUGGCCGACGGAUCUCCCGGAAUCGAGAUUCGAUUUCGGAAUGGCGGUCGGGGUCGGCGGGGAGAUUCUGCCGGAGACGCUUGAGAAAAUGCUUGAAUUAUGUGAAACAGUUUCUGUGGAUAUUCAGGCUCUGAUACGGGAUUUUGAUGCCAUUGACGGAACCGUGAAGCUUGUGGAUUUGAAAGAGAGUGGGUUUUAUCACCUUCUUCCUCGAAUUGGGUUUCUAAAGGCGUCGGGUGAAGAGACUUCGUCUUUGGACGUUGAGGAAGUGAGAAAAUUGUGUUGUGUUGUUGUAACGAAUGGGAAACAUGGGUGCACGGUCUACUGGCAGGACGAGGAAGCUCAAAUUGGGCCUUUCCCCACGAACCAGGUGGAUCCAACGGGUGCAGGGGAUAGUUUUCUUGCUGGGUUCGUGGCUGGACUCGUUCAAGGAUUGCCUGUUCCUGAUGCUGCAUUGUUGGGUAACUUUUUUGGGUCUCUAGCUGUUGGUCAAAUAGGUGUGCCCAAGUUCGAUUUGAGGUUAUUACAGAGAGUUAAGGAUGAGGUACAGAGGAGGAAGGUGCAUUGUAACAGCUGCUGGGAAAGGAAAGCCGAAGACUUGAAGCUUAUGAAGCUGGCAGGAUUUGAACAGUUUCAUGCAUCACUUUCAGCAGCAAAGAUGAUGCCUUCUUGUCCUGUCCAGGAAUGUCAAUGGGAUCUAUCCAUUUCUCCUCCUGCAGCAGAUCAGCCGAAAUUGUUAAAUACUCCCGUCUUUGAAGAGACGAUUCAAACAAUCGACGGUGGUAAGCCAUGACUGAUAAACUUAUUGGCUUUAAUCUUUUGGAUUCAAAUAAAAUUGCAUCAAAGUAGAGAUGUUUAUGUAUAGAGUUAGAAGUCAUUUGCAUCUUAUGUUCACUCUGCAAUUAUCAUGGUCGUGCAAUGGUUUAACUGGUGCCUACUAUGCCCUAUUAUUGUUGCAAUUCAUUUGAUUCUUACUAAUAGAUGAAUGUUGUAAUCUUAUAACCUGCGUUUUCUGCUGCCCUUAAAAUAGGGGUGCACGGUGGGCGGGUUUUGGGCUGUUUGCGCCGUUUUAUUAUUUGAUGGUUUAAGAAAAAUACAACUCAUAAUAAUUGCGGUUUGGGCAGUUUUUUAUGAGCGGAUUUGUGCGGUUU